UGCCAUUCUCGAAGCUCGUGUUCGGGCCGCGCCCGGCGGAAGAAUCCAGAUUGGAUCCGUACAAAUGGCGUUACCGUUCGACACUGCUACGACGUCGUCGAGGGAGGACCUGUGGAAGAGAGCUCGGAAACCGUAUACCAUCACCAAGUGCAGAGAGAGCUGGACCGAACCACAGCACGAUAAGUUCCUCGAAGCUAUUCAGCUCUUUGAUCGUGACUGGAAGAAGAUUGAAGCUUUUGUUGGAUCGAAGACUGUCAUACAGAUACGUAGUCAUGCACAGAAGUAUUUCCUGAAGGUUGAGAAGAGUGGGACAGGCGAACACUUACCUCCUCCACGACCAAAGAGGAAAGCUGCUCAUCCAUAUCCUCAAAAAGCUUCAAAAAAUGCUCUUGCACUAGUCUCAGGGUCAUUUCAGUCAUCUUCUGUUGAACCAAAAUAUAUUUUAAAGCCAGAUUCCUCUUCAGUUCCUGCGAGUUUCAUUUCUGCUGCUGCCAUGUCUUCCAGGGCGGAUAACUCUAUCCAAACAGUCAAUUUCUCUCAAGGUGCAAGAGGGCAAAUUACAGAUAACAAUUGUUGCAGUAGCACAGAGCGCAUUCCAAGAGCAAGCUUUCCAACUAAAUCAAUCAUUGAGGAACAAAACAACCAUCAGCUGAGAGUACUGCCAGAUUUUGGUCAAGUGUACAACUUUAUUGGCAGUGUGUUCGACCCAGAAGCUACAGAUCAUCUGCAGAGGCUAAAGAAGAUGGACCCUAUAGACGUCGAAACUGUGCUGUUGCUGAUGAGAAACCUGUCCAUUAAUCUGGCCAGCCCCGACUUUGAGGACCAUAAAAAGGUACUCUCGUCUUACGAUGUCUUCAUGGAACAUGGUUAGUAAUUAAAAUGCAGGAGGAGAAUUCCGCUGUUGGAGAUGAAAAUGGCAGCUGUUAGUUCACCGAAUUGUACGUGAUAGAGCCAUAAUGCAACUGCACUUAGAAGAUCAGUAUUGUAUUGCGGCUGUACAUUCGCCAAAUCGCCAACUAUCACUACUAGAGCCCAGAGGGAUAAUAGUCUUUAUAUUCCCUGCUACUGGCUCUGAGCAUAUGAUGUAUAGUUCUAAGUUUUGACAUCAACAUUAUGAAGUUCUAAUAAUAGGAGAGAAUCAUUUUCCCCGCUGUUCAGUAAAUUAGAAUUACCACUUGUAGAAGAAGUUAGCACACGAAGAAAUAAACUUUUAUUAGUUGCCA